AUCAUAAACGAAUCAUUAGUGAAAACUUGUUUUACUAUUUUUGGAAGAUGUUUAUCAAUAUGUUUAUGAUUCUAACAGUGGACAGCAAGAUUUUGUAUCCAAGAUUUUAACCCAAAAUGUACCUUUACGUUAAGUUAAUUCAAUGAGAUAUAUUCUAAAAUCUAAUAGCUAAUACAAACCUAAAUAAAUGCAUCCCUACAAACAGCACCUGAUGCACUCCCCCCUAUAGCAGAUUCAUGCCUGCUACAUGCAAAACCAGCACACACUUGAAGAGACUGACCACAGCAAACCCUGAGGGGAGAAGAAUGUGACCAUAUCCUUUGAAGACAUUGAGAAAGACUUUGUAGUUAAAAUGUUUGCAAAGGGAAUGCAAAAGUUUCUUUUGGUAGUACUGCAUGUUGUACCGUUAUACUUUUUAUAGGCAGCUGGAUGCUUUGCAUUGCUGUGUUGAAACCCCCCCCAAAAAAUGUCAAAACAGAACAAAGGACCCGGAGGCAGUCAAUGCUGAGUAACAGCAGGGGUCAAAACAGACCCUGACACUGACUCGUUCAAUUGCUGCUCAGAAUGUUCACAGUGAACUUCCUAUAAUAUCAAUGUAAAAUUCCCUUUAGAAAUUGUGUUUCCAUUCGGAAGAAUGCGUGCUAAUUCUUUAAGGUGAGCGGUGCAGAGCUCGGUAAGAUGAUAAUAGUCUUAAGAAGUUAACAGCUGCCUCCCUGGUUCCUGGAACCAAAUCCUUAAGUCAGCUUGACAAUAAUCCUCACGGACUUUAUUUAUAACCGUACUUAAGAAAAUGGCAUUUGUGGGAUUAACCUCGCAGAAGGGGAAGGGGGCGACAUCUCCCUGCUACUCAGCACUGAAGCAGAAUGGUUUCUCUUCUUGCAGCCACAAGCUGAGCCAACAGCGAACCUGAGGGCAGGGUGAGAUCGAGAAGGGGCAGAACUGCCUCUACAAAUAAAACUGCAACAGUGAAGAAUUCAAUCUCGUGCUCUCUUGUUUUCAUAAGAGAAGUGCAUUAGAAUUACAUUCUUGUUGUUUUAAGUAUCUUGGAGGCAAAAAAAAAAAAAAACAAUAAAAACUGGCGACUCCCAGAAGAAACACCAUGAAGAAGCUUCAAAAGAGACGCUCCAGCCUGUUUGCUAACCUGAAGAUCGGGGACGUUGGCAGCUUCUCGCAGAGCCUUGAGGAGGACGAUAAUGCUUUCCCCUUCGCUCUGGACAGCUCCGUGAAGCAGUGGACCUCCAUGAAGGAUCUGGAUGAAGCUGACAAAUGGGGUGGAGAAGAGAACGAGGAGGGGUGUGAAGAGGAUUGUGAGGGUCACGGGCGCCGCAGUUCCCCUCGAGCUAAGCAAAGCGUAGUAAACCUCAACAUUGGAGGCAGGCAUUUCAAAAUCUCCAGCAGGAUGGCAGCCCGUUAUCCCUGCACCCGCAUCGGACGCCUGGCCCUGUGCAGGGACCCAGUGAAAAAGCUGGCUCUGUGCGACGACUACUCCGUGCUCACAAAUGAGUACUUCUUCGACCGGGAUCCCACCUUUUUUCACUACAUCUUCCACUUCUACCGCUGCAGUGUGCUGUGGAUCAUGGAGGAGCUGUGUCCGAUGCAUUUUGAGGAGGAGUUGGAGUACUGGGGUCUGCACAUAAAGUAUAGUCCCCGCUGCUGUCGGAUCCUCUUCGAGGAGAAGACAGACGAGAUAACGGACGACCUCAAAGUCCAGCGAGAGCUGCUGGCCCAGGUCGAGCCGGAGAACGACGAGAACUUUGAAGGCAUGUUCCUGGGGAAGCUUCGGAAGAACAUCUGGAACCUUGCAGAGAACCCUUACUCCUCCACCUGGGCCAAAGCGUUUGCCAUUGUGGCCAGCAUCUUCGUGCUUCUCUCCAUUGUGACCAUGACCCUCAACACGGUGGAUGAGAUUUCCAGCGGGAAGGCUUACAUCAACCAAGUGGAGACCAUUUGCCUCAUCUUCUUCACUGUGGAAUACCUCAUGGGGCUGGUCUCCACCUGCAACAUCAAGAAGUUCCUGCUCAGCCCCCUGAAUUUUGUGGACCUGGUAGCCAUCUUGCCCUUCUACGUCCAGAUAGCCUUUGAGAAAAUUGCUAUCCAGAUGGACAUGGACUUCAAUGAGGACCUGGAGACCAUGGAGCAGGUGAGGAAGUCGACCAAGGUGCUGAAGAUCAUUCGGCUCAUGAGGAUCUUCCGCAUCCUGAAACUGGCACGCCACUCCACGGGACUCCGAGCGUUCGGCUUUACCAUCCGCCAGUGUUACCAGCAGGUGUGCUGCCUCUUUUUGUUCAUCGCCAUGGGUAUCUUCUCCUUCUCCGCGCUCAUGCACUCUGUGGAGCACGAUGUCCCCGGCACCCCCUUCAGCAGCAUGCCUGACGCGUGGUGGUGGGCUGCGGUCAGCAUCUCCACAGUGGGGUACGGGGACACUGUCCCGGAGUCUGUCCUGGGCCGCAUCGUGGCGUUCGGCUGCAUCUCCUUCGGGAUCAUCCUGAACGGCAUGCCCAUCUCCAUCCUCUUCAACAAGUUCUCGGAUUACUACGCCAGGCUGAAGGCGCAGGAGUGUGACGCCAACAUGAAGCCGCGAGGCAAGAUCAGGCUGCGGCAAAGGAUGCUGGGUUGUCUGUCCGAGUGUUGCAGACCCCAGACCCAUGACUGACGACGAAUCCUCCAGCGGAUCUGGGGGGGCGCUCCUGAAGGACAGUGCCUGUAUAAGCACAGGGGUGUCCUUUCUAGACUGGAGCCUCUACUAGACUCGGCAAGUCCUAUUAACACUGCAGUUUCAAGAUCUGGGUCUGUUUUUUAUUACUGUAAAUCAGACAUCGUAGGCAAUGCCAUGUAUUCUGCCUUUUUUAAAAGGAUGUUCUCCCCACCCCCAUUAUCUAUGAGCACCACACGUCAAAAUGAUCUGAAUUCGUUCCUCUUUCCUUAACGGGUUUUCCCCAACUGAAAGAAACUGAGAGAUCACCAAUAUCCCUGACUUAGGGGACACCCUGUCAUUUGAUAUUCAUGAAACUUUCCUAGCUUGAUGGUUAGGAAGCUAACAACAGUUACAACCAAUGUUGUGAAUAUUAACCCCUAUUUGAUAACCCCAUUUGUAACAUUAUAAAUCUCCUAUAGACUGGAUCGGAUUCUGUAGAAUGAAGCAAGACAAACCCCAAACUAAUCUCUUUGCGUGUGCUGACUGGAGGGGUUUUAGGUGGAGCUUCCUUGAACAGCAACAACCAAACACAGUGUUUGUUCAGCACUUUCUCUUAACGGGUCAGUGCUUUUAGUUCCCUGCUUAGCGCCCACUUCCUGUUUGUCUGUGAACAGAAUGCUGCAUCUACCAUACUAACUCCCAUUCGUCAUGACUGAGGGUUUACGCUUAACAGAUGUCUGACUUGAAUGGACAGGUUUGAUAAGAAGGCUGUUGUACAAAGUAAUAUAAUGAAAUUGCAUAAC